AUGGCCUCUUCCGGCGUGGAGAUCCUGGGCCUGACGCUAGCCGUGGCGGGCUGGCUGGGCGCGAUGGUGGCGUGCGGCCUUCCCAUGUGGCGGGUGGCCGCCUACGUGGGCCAGAACGUGGUGCUGUCCCAGGUGAUCUGGGAGGGCCUAUGGAUGAACUGCUCAGUGCAGAGCACAGGCCAGAUGCACUGCAAAGUCCACGACUCCAUGCUGGGGCUCCCCCGGGAACUCCAGGCGGCCCGAGCUCUGGUGGUGGUCUCGGUGGCGCUGGGCGUGGUUGGCGUCGCCCUGGCAACGGCCGGGGCUCAGUGCACCGACUGCAGCCGGGACGUGAGGGGGAAAAGGCGUCUGGCGGCGGCCGGGGGGCUCGUCCUGACCCUGGCGGGAGUGCUAACGCUGGCGGCCGUGUCCUGGACGGCCCACGUCAUCGUGUUGGGCUUCUACGACCCGCUUCUGGAGGAGACGGGCAAGCGGGACUUCGGCAACGCGCUUUACUUUGGCUGGGCCGCCUCGUGCCUGCUCAUCCUUGGGGGGGCGCUACUCUGGUGCACCUGUAGCCCCCGGAGGGACUGGAGACCCGCUCAGGUGGACUAUUCGUCUGUUUCUCGCCGUGGGUACAACAGGCGAGACUACGUGUGAUUAAAGUGUUGCGGAUGUGACCAGCAGGGGGCGCCAACAAGCAGUUGUUUGAAGGACCCUGGACCUGUUUUUGUCUUUUCUAAGCCAUGUUUCCUUGGUGGUGGGCGUCAUCAUUGGCUUUUAUAUUCUUUGGGAUGCAAGGCUAUAAAAGUUGCUCGUCAUAGAUGUCACGCAAGAAUUUAGAUUUUUAGACAAACGUUUUUAAUAAAGUAAAACAGCUGACAAGGGUAGCAAAGUUAUGAAAUCAUGUAGUCAUCAUUUAGCUCUCAACUUUUUAUGUUGAUGAUUUUUUUUUUUCUUCAUUAAAGUCACUUCCACUA